CUUGAGUCUGUACAGUGACCAGCGCCAGCCAACAUGUCCAGCCCUGGAGCACAAAAGGGCAGUUCUUUAACUCUGGUCUUAAUGGUGGCUUCAGCUGCCAUUGGAGGGACCCUGCAGUAUGGAUACAAUUUGGCUAUUAUGAACGCACCCACUACCUUCAUUCAGACCUUUAUCAAUGAAACAUCUCAAGAGCGAUGGGGAAUACAGUUGGAGGAUUAUCAAGUGACUUUAAUCUGGACAAUCAUAGUUUCAUUCUUCUCUUUGGGGGGCUUCACUGGGGCCUUAAUUGCGGGACCAAUGACCAUACGAUUUGGAAGGAAAAAAUGCCUACUAUUGAAUAACAUCUUCCUUAUGAGUGGUGCACUCAUUGCUGUGACCAGCAGAGCCGCCAAGUCCUUUGAGAUGAUCAUAAUUUCACGGGUGCUUGUGGGAAUUAAUGCUGGAAUCAGUAUGAAUGUCCAGCCUAUGUAUUUUGGAGAAAGUGCUCCUAAACACCUGAGAGGAGCGAUAUCUCUGUCUUCAGCCGUGUUCACAGCGUUUGGUGUUGUCCUGGGACAGGUAGUCGGAUUGAGGAAGAUUUUGGGGAGUGAGCCGUGUUGGCAGUACCUCUUGGCCAGUAAUGCUAUUCCCGGCUUUAUUCAGCUUCUUACACUGCCCUGGUUCCCUGAGAGCCCCAGGUACCUGCUCAUCGACAGAGGGGACAAGGAGGGCUGUUUGAACGCUCUGCGGCGCCUGCGUGGCCGUGAAGUGGAGAACGAUGAGCUGAAUGAGAUUCUGGAGGAACAGGCUCAGUCCAAAGGUGUGAGGCCCCGUCGGCCCUGGGAGCUCUUCACAGACCAGGCUGUGCGCUGGCAGCUUCUCUCUGUCAUUGUGAUCAGCAGCGCCAUGCAGCUCUGUGGAAAUGACUCGAUUUACUUUUAUGCCUCCUAUGUUUUCAAAGAGGCCGGGAUCUCUGCUGAUAAAAUCGAGUAUAUUACAAUAGGCACUGGUUCAUGUGAAUUCACUGCCUGCAUUAUGUGUAAUUUGCUAAUUGAGCGUAAAGGGCGGAGGUUCAUGCUGAUGGGAGGCUUCAUACUGAUGACUGUCUGGGCUGUGGUCUUCACAAUUGCUCUGUUAUUUGAGCAUUAUAUUUCAUGGAUGCCAUAUUUGAGCAUGGCAUGUAUAUUCACUUACAUCCUCAGUUUUGGUAUGGGGCCAGCUGGAGUUACUGGUGUGUUACCCACAGAGAUCUUUAACCAGUCAGCGCGGCCUGCAGCCUACAUGAUCGCUGGCUCCAUGAUGUGGAUCAAUCUUUUCAUUGUUGGGAUGAUCUUUCCUUUUCUGGUGAGUGGUCUGAAGGAGUUCUGCUUUGUGCCGUUUGCUGCAGUCUGCUUUUUAUCGUCUUUGUACGUCGGUAUGUUUCUCCCAGAGACCAAAGGGAAGUCUCUGUCUGCCAUCACAGCAGAGUUUCACAAGCUCAACUUCAAAGGCCUGGACCCACUACACUCUCCUCAGUGUCAGGCCAAGUACCAGCUGGGCGAUGUGUGCCACUCUACAGCUCUGUAGACUGCUGCCUUUAAUGGGACUGCAAAUAUCACUUUAUAU